CGAGCUUGUCUUUGCUUUAAAGCUCCGCCCCCGUGUUUACAAGACGUCAUCAGAAAGGACAUCCGGUGUCUAAUGAUGGAAGUGAUUCAGCACUCGGCAGAGAAGCUUCACACAGCGUUGGUCUCUAAUUCAAAGGAUGUGGCUACAAUUUACAGUAAAUACACAAAAGAAGAAAGGGGUCUUCUGGAAGAAGGAUUGUAUCCAGGGAAACCAGGUUCCCUUUUCCAGCCCAUCGCUGUACACUCACACUCAGACUGGAUCCUCGCUCAUCCUGAGAAGCCCCAAGACUUUGAGAGCUUCUAUCAAGACCCUUAUCGCAAGACACCAAAUGCAACCUGCAACACUAUUUACAUUCAAACUAUUGGUUCAUUUGGAGAAGUGGGGCCUCAGACAGGCCAGUAUGUUGAGUGGCUCAGAGACUACUGCCAGGCCUUUUUCUACGGGCUUUCGGUCAAGCUGCUGCCACCAGUUUCUGUGUCUGAAACAGGAUGCUCUUUCAGGGUUAACAGUGACUCACACAAUCUUCAGAUCCUCACAGGUGACUUGUUGCGAUUUCUGGGGAAGAGAAAACCAAAAGAUACUUUCUGCAUUGUUGGAAUAACAAUGAUAGACCUCUACCCCAAAGACUCCUGGAACUUUGUCUUUGGACAGGCAUCUCUCAGUAUGGGAAUGGGUGUUUUCAGCUUUGCUAGGUAUGAUGACAACUUCUACACUAGAAAUUACGCUGGCAGACUAAAGAAACGGAUUCAUCCAAGGCAGGGAGACUACUCUGUGUUUGAGGGAUACUACAGUCCACCUGUUACUAGCACUCUGCUACUUAGAUCCUGCAAGACCAUGACCCAUGAGAUUGGCCAUAUGUUUGGAAUAAGGCACUGUCAGUGGAUGAGCUGUGUCAUGCAGGGCUCUAACCACCUGGAAGAGUCUGAUCGUAGACCCUUGGAUUUCUGUCCUGUCUGCCUUCACAAACUUCACACUUCAUUUAGUUUCAAAAUCGCUGAAAGAUACAAGGCUUUACUGAACUGGAUGGAGGAAGAUCAGAGUCAGACGUCACGACCUGGAGGGGUAUCAUCUGCCUGUCAUACUACCUUCCAGUUUUCAAAACCCACCGAGGCCUUUCAUUCGUCCAAACUGUGGCUUCUGGCCAGAAGAAGGCAACUGCUUUGAGGAGCCCAUUGCUGAUGACUGUAAGGAUUCACGGUACUCUUGAAACUUGUAUAAUUGCAUUAAUUGGCCUUUCCUUAUGAUAACUCUGAACAAAGCUCUAAAGACAAAUUAACUCUUGAUUAAAGGGCUUGGCAAUAAUGUUACAAGAUGUGUGCAGAAUUUUUAUAUACAUAAUAGCAAAAGUAAUCUUUAUCUUAAAGUUGAAAGAAAACACUUCUCUGAACAUUAUUUAAUGCUGCACCUUAGAAAAGGGAAGAUUUCUUAAAAAGAUAUUUAACAUAUUUCACAAUUUGUCUAAUGAUUUGAUGCAGCAAUCCUGGGUGCCACCCAUUCACAAUAUAAUAAGUCUUGACAGAUAUGUUAACUGCAACCUCACUGGUUGAUGGUUAAUCUUCUACAUCACUGAAUAUUUUUUUCUCUGUCAUUUUUUAAUGUUAAUAAAACAAGCCACAGGUAACUACUCUUAGUUUAAACACUAAUUUAGUCUGAGUUAGCUUUCAGAUUUCAAUAAAUUCUAAGGUUGUUUUCAGUAUUUUAUAAUUGGUAAUGUGGCAUAUAUUUGAAUGUGAUUUAAAACACAAACACAUAAUAGAAAAUU